CCUGGAUUGCGUUGCUUUUGAGCGCAGGCGCAAUAAUGAUGUCUCAUUCCUGCUCACCACGCUCUCGGCGUCAGCACAUUCUCUUCCUAUUAUUGCUGCCGACCUUCAUACAGUUUCUUCCUUGAGAUAUCUUUCAGUACUCCGUAAUGCUUGGUUGAUUGACCAGUCCACUCUUCCUCCUUGCGUUCCAGGCGUCCUAGCCUCAGCAGUCCAGUGCCCGUCUGAGCAGCCACAGUCAACCAGCUGAGCGUCCCGAAGCACACUUGCAUGCUCCCCAGCUCUCUUAACCCAACGAUUCUCUUCUGGAUGCCUCGAGACUUGCCCUGCCGGUUCUCAUGAAGAGGAUGCAACGCAACUACCAGCGAAUGCGAGAGACCCUUUUCGAUCUUUACACGGAACGCGAUGCCUUGCCGUGGUACUUCAGAACCAUCGCCAUCACUGCCUCAUGGCUCGCUCUAGGCGGCUACAUUGUAUUCUCACUCGUCUUCACCUCUGCCGAAGAUAAUAUCAAAGUAUCACGCACUUUUCUGACGGUUCUCGCCGCAGUGCUCCUCAUUGUCGGCUACGGCGCCAUCACAGCAGUCGCAUAUUUCAGUCGCAGCCUACUUUUUCUCUUCGACGCCGUUUUGCUCCCGAUCUUGACCUCUUCUUUUUUGGGCGUCUUCGUUACGGUCAUGAACCAUGCUCUCCACAAAACGUUUCCUAUUCCAACUCAGGUUUAUAUCUAUGUACCAUUGGUGAUCGCAUGUGCCACCACGGUAGGGUCCGGAGUCCUCAGUUACAUCACCUACAGAAAGUUAAGCAAAAUUAAAGAGUUGGACAGGCAGAGAAGACAACAUGUUCAAAGAUGGGAUAGAAGUUCCUAUGUCAGCUAUGGCGAUGCUGCCUCCACCACAGAACUGAUACCUAUGACACCCUGGACUGCAAACAACAUACCCGAGGACGAGGCACAGCGUCGGCAACUUCUACGACUGUUGCUCACUCGAGACUCGGCAGAGUCGCCCAAUCACCGGAAUUCUCAGAGCACCUACCAUAUCAACUUGCCAGGCGACGACACGAUAUCUGACGGAUUGGAAGUGGUCCAGCCUGACACGCGACCCCGAAGCGGCAGUCUCCCCACCACCACCAACAAAUGGCAGAUAUUAAACAAGCUGUCAAGAGAUCGAAGCCCGACUGCUGAGAGCGGAGCUUCCAGGGAUCUUCGAGAGCGGCGGCGGGAAGAGAUCGAGAGAUCGUCAAUCCUGCUGACGCCAGGAACCGAACAUGGUACCUGGCCGCACACCCCCGGGUCAUCACAGUCUCAGACUUUUUCUUAUUCUCCAAACCCGGUCUGGAAAGGGUCGACGAGGUAUGCAUAGGUUAUGAUGUAAAGUUGCCAAAAAGAAAUCUGGACUUUAGCGAGGCGUCUCGGUCUGAUGUAUGGAUCUUUUGGCAUAUAUGGUGUUUCUGCCAACAUUCAAAUGUAAAUGUACGUCUACCUCCGGGGCAAUGGGCCGGGACAUAUUGGGGGCUAUUGGAUCAAUCCGGUGGAUAUUUACAUGGCCAUCCGAACUAGGUUGCUGGUGUAGGUUGUCUAUGCUUUGUUUCGAUAAUACCACAUGCGCUGUCCGCCG